CGAAGCCCUCCUGCGAUUCAUCUCAAUCACAAAGUCACUCACUACUUACAGCAGUACUCCGUACAGAGGUAUCACUAUCCAAUCCCUCUUCCCAAGCGUACGAGUCCGAAUACCUUGGUAGCACAGGAGUCUUCAUCCCCGCGGUCCACUUCCAAGUCCGGCCGCAGGAGUAAACAGAGAUCUCCACGUAAUUCACCACUCAGCCCCUUCGAAACCUCUUGCAAAAAGAUCUUCGAUUGCGCGGCCAUCUGGAGCAGUGUCAUCUUGGAUCAAACCCUCUCUCAAACAUCGCAUAUCGUAACCACCGUCGCAUUCCAUUCCUUGGACACAGGCCACUGUCGCCUGGGCAUACUCCCUCCUUUCCUCCAUCUCGCCUGCCAUGGCGUACAACCGACUCGGUAGUCCGCAGCGAGACGGGCCGUAUUCUCCGUCGGCCAACCCUCAAUACGAUUCCCGAUCGCCCUCACCUGGGCGGCCCUUGCAAGCAUAUACACAUCCUGAGGAGUUCUACUCGAGACAACUACAACCUCUACAUUUGCAAAUGCCAACAGCGUCCAAUGACCGACUGGCAAUGCAGCCGACAUAUUCGGUAGAAAAUAUCCAUAACUCACAAGGCCACAACCAGCAGUAUGAACAGCAGUAUCCUGCGGCGGGAGACAUGGGGUAUGGUAGGAAUGAAUAUAUCGUGUCGCCAGAGGAACACCAUGAUGCAUACUACAACCAGACCUACUCCCCCCACCCACAAGGCGAUUAUGCGUUAGAUCCAUACCCAACUCCUGGCGAACCCUACCGCGGCGAUCAUGAUACUGCACCUAUUCUACAGCCAGAUUCGGCGUAUGGUCCUGAUCCUCAUUCUCAACCUGGCAUGGACUACGAGGGAUAUCAUGACGAACCUCGCCCAACGCCAUCCCCCGCACCGAUCCGUAGAUGGAAGACCGUGAAGGAGGUGCAACUGUUCAACGGCAAUCUCGUCCUCGACUGUCCUCUGCCCCCAAAACUACUCGCCCAAGUCCCCCAUGCGCAACCACCUGAGAGAGACGAAUUCACGCAUAUGAGAUACUCGGCAGCCACUUGUGACCCUGCAGAUUUCUACAACGAACGAUUUACCCUCCGUCAGAGGCUCUUUGCAAAGCCUCGACAGACCGAGCUUUUCAUCGUUGUGACGAUGUACAAUGAGGAUGAAUUCCUGUUUGCACGGACAAUGAUCGGUGUCUUCAAGAAUAUCGAAUACAUGUGCAACCGUACGAGCAGCAAGACCUGGGGCAAAGAAGCGUGGAAGAAGAUCGUAGUUUGCAUUGUCAGUGAUGGUCGUGCGAAGAUCAAUCCUCGAACCAGAGCAGUCUUAGCUGGUCUAGGUGUGUACCAGGACGGCAUUGCCAAGCAACAGGUCAAUGGAAAGGAUGUCACGGCACAUAUAUACGAAUACACGACGCAAGUAGGGCUAGAACUCAAAGGCACGCAGGUGUCGUUGAAGCCCAGAUCGGCCACGCCUGUACAAUUACUCUUUUGUUUGAAGGAGAAGAACCAGAAAAAGAUCAACUCUCAUCGAUGGUUCUUCCAAGCCUUUGGCCGGGUACUGGACCCCAACAUCUGCGUGCUAAUCGAUGCCGGAACCAAACCUGGUAAGGAUUCGAUCUAUCAACUAUGGAAAGCAUUCGACUUGGAACCGAUGUGCGGCGGAGCUUGCGGCGAAAUCAAGGUCAUGUUGGAUCAUGGUAAAAAGCUCUACAACCCCCUGAUUGCCACACAAAACUUUGAAUACAAGAUGUCAAACAUUUUGGACAAGCCACUCGAGUCAGCUUUUGGUUUCAUCUCUGUGCUUCCUGGUGCCUUCUCAGCAUAUCGCUAUGUGGCUUUACAGAACGACAAGAAUGGUGAAGGACCUCUUGAGAAGUAUUUCAAGGGCGAGUUCAUGCACGCUGAUGCAGGCGUCUUCACUGCCAACAUGUAUCUUGCCGAGGAUCGCAUUCUCUGUUUCGAGCUGGUCAGCAAGCGAAACUGUCGCUGGAUUCUACAAUACGUCAAAUCGGCCACAGGCGAGACCGAUGUCCCUGACAAAAUCCCCGAGUUUGUUUUGCAACGACGACGAUGGCUCAAUGGUUCGUUUUUCGCGGCGGUCUACGCUGUUGCACACGUGUACCAGCUUUGGCGCAGUGAUCACAGUGCCAUACGGAAGUUCAUGUUCUUGAUCGAGUUCACCUACCAGACAAUUAACAUGUUGUUUGCUUGGUUUGCUAUUGGCAACUUCUUCCUGGUUUUCCGACUCCUUACCGCAUCCCUGGGAUCUCCUGGACCUCUCGGAAACGCAGGAACCAUUCUUGGUGUCGUCUUUGAAUUUAUCUACCUCGGAACUCUUCUCUACUGCUUCAUCCUUUCCAUGGGCAACCGGCCGACCGGGUCCAAAAAAUCCUACCUGAUGAUGGUUAUCUUUUGGUCACUUCUCAUGUGCUGGUUGACUUUUGCCUCGAUCUUCCUGACGGUCAAGUCGAUCCAAAAUGAAGUCCAGCAAAAGGACUUUAGUUUCUCCACCAUUUUCAACAACAGUACGUUCUUCGGACUGAUCGUUUCUCUGGCAAGCACGUACGUCCUUUGGUUCGUGGCGAGUUUUCUGUUCUUCGACCCGUGGCACAUGUUCACUUGCUUCCUUCAGUACCUGGUUCUUACCCCGACCUACAUCAACGUGCUCAACAUCUACGCCUUCUGCAAUACUCACGACAUAACAUGGGGUACCAAAGGCGACGACAAAGCCGAGAAGCUCGAAAGUGUCACGGUCAAGGCCGAUGGUAAGCUUGAUGUGGCCAUUCCACAGGAUGACGGGGAUUUGAACGCCCAAUACGAUGCCGAGUUGCAGAAAUUCGCAGGCAAGCCUCCAAAGGAAGUCAAGAAGAUCAAUCCAGCGGACAAGCAGGAAGAUUACUACAAGUCUUUCCGAAGCAACGUUGUUACGGCAUGGAUGGUCACCAAUUUUAUAUUAGUGGCGGCAGUCUUGAACACGGCAGGAUUUGAUAGAAUCAACACGGACAAUACGGAGCAACAGAACUCGACCAUCUACCUGGCGGUUAUCCUGUGGUCAGUUGCCGGUCUGUCAUUAUUCAGGUUCAUUGGAGCUUGCUGGUUCUUGAUAGUGAGAUUGUUCCGUGGAGUAUAAUCAGAUCCGUCAACAGGAUGAUUUAUGAGCAACGAGGAACACAACACACAUUGGGGGAGGGUUGAUGGUGGAUGGGCUCUAAAAAGCCUCGGCGUUUUGGUUGGGUAGGCUACCAAUCUGGGUGACUCUUUGGCUAUAAUCCUAUGUUCGUUGUAACAACCAUCUGCUUGGCAUGAUACCCUGUGUACCUUUAUGUACGAAAAGAAAAACAAAUUCUUACUCGAGAUCGUGGAUAAUCCGUCAGACGUUCUGGCACGGAAGAAGAAAUGACGAUGACGAAGUACCUAGGGUAGAUAUGUACUCUUGUAAUG